GGGCACGCGCGCACACGCCCCCCCGGGAGGGGAGCGGAGACAUCCUCCCCAGCCUCGUGGGUUUCUCCUCCCACCAGAGCCCGGGUGUGAGAGGAAAUCUCGGGGCUUCGCUCUACCGAAAGUGCUCGCCAGGGUGGUUCUCGAGCACCACGAUCCCGAAGUGCCGGCGUCCGAGUGCACGUCCUUCGGCUUUGCAAAGAAGAGUCGUGAACUUCAGAAGCCCCGAGACGGAUCAUUAAUCCUGCUUUGCAGGAGAGGAAACCCCUCCAUCCCCCGCCAGCGGCCGCCCCUCUCCGGAGACCGCAAUCGCCGAGGCGCCCGGAGCCGGAAGGGGACGCUUUGGGAAUGACCAUGCCCCACGGAGGGACGGAGCCGGCCCCCAGCUUCUCUACACAGAGCCUCCUCCACUGAAGCUCCGAAAAUCAAAAACCAUAAUUGCCAGAAGAAUCAUUCAAAAUAUAUUCCAGCCACUAACCUCACAUGCACACGGAAUAAUUACUCUGGAUUCUGCAUUGUGAGCUGCUCUCCACACCCUGAGUUAUCUUUGAAUUAAAUCUUUUUUCUUUGAAUCUGCAUCUCUUCGAGACACAAGAUUAAAACAAAAUUUACGCUAAAUUGGAUUUUAAAUUAUCUUCCGUUCAUUUAUCCUUCGUCUUUCUUAUGUGGAUAUGCAAGCGAGAAGAGACUGGACAUUCCCAACAUGCUCACUCCCUUAAUCUGUCGGUCUAGAGGUUUGGCUUCUGCAAACCAAGGGAGUCGACGAGCUGAAGAUGAAGCCCAGGGCAGAGUGCUGUUCUCCCAAGUUCUGGUUGGUGUUGGCCGUCCUGGCCGUGUCAGGCAGCAGAGCUCGUUCUCAGAAGAGCGCCCCCAGCAUUGGCAUUGCUGUCAUCCUCGUGGGCACUUCAGACGAGGUGGCCAUCAAGGACGCCCACGAGAAAGAUGAUUUCCACCACCUCUCCGUGGUGCCCCGGGUGGAGCUGGUAGCCAUGAACGAGACCGACCCAAAGAGCAUCAUCACCCGCAUCUGCGACCUCAUGUCUGACCGGAAGAUCCAGGGGGUGGUGUUUGCUGACGACACAGACCAGGAAGCCAUUGCCCAGAUCCUCGAUUUCAUUUCAGCCCAGACUCUCACCCCCAUCCUGGGAAUCCACGGGGGCUCUUCCAUGAUCAUGGCAGAUAAGGAUGACUCCUCCAUGUUCUUCCAGUUUGGUCCAUCAAUUGAACAGCAAGCUUCCGUAAUGCUCAACAUCAUGGAAGAGUAUGACUGGUACAUCUUUUCUAUUGUCACCACCUACUUCCCUGGCUACCAGGACUUUGUGAACAAGAUCCGCAGCACCAUCGAGAAUAGCUUCGUGGGCUGGGAGCUGGAGGAAGUCCUCCUACUGGACAUGUCCCUGGAUGAUGGAGAUUCUAAGAUCCAGAAUCAGCUCAAGAAACUCCAAAGCCCCAUCAUUCUUCUUUACUGUACUAAGGAAGAGGCCACCUACAUCUUCGAAGUGGCUAACUCAGUAGGGCUGACUGGCUAUGGCUACACGUGGAUUGUGCCCAGUCUGGUGGCAGGGGAUACAGACACAGUGCCCUCGGAGUUCCCCACUGGGCUCAUCUCUGUGUCCUACGACGAGUGGGACUAUGGCCUCCCUGCCAGAGUGAGAGAUGGAAUCGCCAUAAUCACCACCGCUGCUUCCGACAUGCUGUCCGAACACAGCUUCAUCCCUGAGCCCAAAAGCAGUUGUUACAACACCCACGAGAAGAGAAUCUACCAGUCCAAUAUGCUGAAUAGGUAUCUCAUCAAUGUCACUUUUGAGGGGAGAAAUCUGUCCUUCAGUGAAGAUGGCUACCAGAUGCACCCGAAACUGGUGAUCAUCCUUCUGAAUAAGGAGAGGAAAUGGGAGCGGGUGGGAAAGUGGAAAGACAAAUCCCUACAGAUGAAAUACUACGUGUGGCCCCGAAUGUGUCCUGAGACCGAAGAGCAGGAGGAUGACCACCUGAGCAUCGUGACCCUGGAGGAGGCGCCGUUUGUCAUUGUGGAAAGUGUGGACCCUCUGAGUGGAACCUGCAUGAGGAACACAGUCCCCUGCCAGAAGCGCAUAGUCACUGAGAAUAAAACAGAUGAGGAGCCAGGUUACAUCAAAAAAUGCUGCAAGGGAUUCUGUAUCGACAUCCUGAAGAAAAUUUCUAAAUCUGUGAAGUUCACCUACGACCUUUACCUGGUUACCAAUGGCAAGCAUGGGAAGAAAAUCAAUGGCACCUGGAAUGGCAUGAUCGGAGAGGUGGUCAUGAAGAGGGCCUACAUGGCCGUGGGGUCACUCACCAUCAACGAGGAGCGAUCGGAGGUGGUUGACUUCUCUGUGCCCUUCAUAGAGACGGGCAUCAGUGUCAUGGUGUCACGCAGCAAUGGGACUGUCUCACCUUCUGCCUUCUUAGAGCCGUUCAGCGCUGACGUGUGGGUCAUGAUGUUCGUGAUGCUGCUCAUCGUGUCGGCCGUGGCUGUCUUCGUCUUCGAGUACUUCAGCCCUGUGGGUUACAACAGGUGCCUCGCCGAUGGCAGAGAGCCAGGUGGCCCGUCUUUCACCAUCGGCAAAGCUAUUUGGUUGCUCUGGGGUCUGGUGUUUAACAACUCCGUUCCUGUGCAGAACCCAAAGGGCACCACCUCCAAGAUCAUGGUGUCGGUGUGGGCCUUCUUUGCUGUCAUCUUCCUGGCCAGCUACACUGCCAACUUAGCUGCCUUCAUGAUCCAAGAGGAAUACGUGGACCAGGUUUCUGGCCUGAGCGACAAAAAGUUCCAGAGACCUAAUGACUUCUCACCCCCUUUUCGCUUUGGGACUGUACCCAAUGGCAGCACGGAGAGGAACAUUCGCAAUAACUACGCAGAAAUGCAUGCCUACAUGGGAAAGUUCAACCAGAGGGGUGUAGAUGACGCAUUGCUCUCCUUGAAAACAGGGAAACUGGAUGCUUUCAUCUAUGAUGCAGCAGUGCUGAACUACAUGGCAGGCAGAGAUGAAGGCUGCAAGCUGGUGACCAUUGGCAGUGGCAAGGUCUUUGCCUCCACCGGUUAUGGUAUCGCCAUCCAGAAAGACUCUGGGUGGAAGCGCCAGGUGGACCUUGCCAUCCUGCAGCUCUUUGGAGAUGGGGAGAUGGAAGAGCUGGAAGCUCUCUGGCUCACCGGCAUUUGCCACAAUGAGAAGAACGAGGUCAUGAGCAGCCAGCUGGACAUUGACAACAUGGCGGGAGUCUUCUAUAUGUUGGGGGCGGCCAUGGCGCUCAGCCUCAUCACCUUCAUCUGCGAACACCUUUUCUACUGGCAGUUCCGGCAUUGCUUUAUGGGUGUCUGUUCUGGCAAGCCCGGCAUGGUCUUCUCCAUCAGCAGAGGCAUCUACAGCUGCAUCCACGGCGUGGCCAUCGAGGAGCGCCAGUCCGUGAUGAACUCGCCCACCGCGACCAUGAACAACACGCACUCCAACAUCCUGCGCCUGCUGCGCACGGCCAAGAACAUGGCCAACCUGUCGGGGGUGAACGGCUCCCCGCAGAGCGCCCUGGACUUCAUCCGGCGCGAGUCGUCCGUCUACGACAUCUCGGAGCACCGGCGCAGCUUCACGCACUCGGACUGCAAGUCCUACAACAACCCGCCGUGCGAGGAGAACCUCUUCAGCGACUACAUCAGCGAGGUGGAGAGGACCUUCGGCAACCUGCAGCUCAAGGACAGCAACGUGUACCAGGACCACUACCACCACCACCACCGGCCGCACAGCAUCGGCAGCGCCAGCUCCAUCGACGGGCUCUACGACUGCGACAACCCGCCCUUCACCACCCAGCCGCGGCCCGCGGGCAAGAAGCCCCUGGACAUCGGCCUGCCCUCCUCCAAGCAUGGCCAGCUCAGCGACCUGUACGGCAAGUUCUCCUUCAAGAGCGACCGCUACGGCGGCCACGACGACCUGAUCCGCUCCGACGUGUCGGACAUCUCCACGCACACCGUCACCUACGGGAACAUCGAGGGCAACGCGGCCAAGCGGCGCAAGCAGCAGUACAAGGACAGCCUCAAGAAGCGGCCGGCCUCGGCCAAGUCCCGGCGCGAGUUCGACGAGAUCGAGCUGGCCUACCGCCGCCGGCCGCCGCGCUCGCCCGACCACAAGCGCUACUUCAGGGACAAGGAGGGGCUGCGCGACUUCUACCUGGACCAGUUCCGGACCAAGGAGAACUCGCCGCACUGGGAGCACGUGGACCUGACCGACAUCUACAAGGAGCGCGGCGACGACUUCAAGCGCGACGCGGCGGGCGCGGGCGGGCCCUGCGGCAACAGGUCCCACCUGAAGCACGCGGCGGCGGCGGGCGACAAGCACGGCGGCGUGGGCGGCGUCCCCGCGCCCUGGGAGAAGAACCUGACCAACGUGGAGUGGGAGGAGCGCGCCGCGGGCAACUUCUGCCGCAGCUGCCCGUCCAAGCUGCACAACUACCCGGCGGCCGCGGCGCCCGGCCCGAACUCGGGCCGGCAGGCGUGCAUCCGCUGCGAGGCGUGCAAGAAGGCGGGCAACCUGUACGACAUCAGCGAGGACAACUCCCUGCAGGAGCUGGACCAGCCGGCGGCCCCGGCGGCGGCCGCGUCCAACGCCUCCGGCGCCAAGUACCCGCAGAGCCCGACCAACUCCAAGGCCCAGAAGAAGAGCCGGAACAAGCUGCGGCGGCAGCACUCGUACGACACCUUCGUGGACCUGCAGAAGGAAGAGGCCGCCCUGGCCCCGCGCAGCGUGAGCCUGAAAGACAAGGGCCGCUUCAUGGAUGGGAGCCCCUACGCGCACAUGUUCGAGAUGCCCGCCGGCGAGAGCGCCUUUGCCAACAGCAAGCCCUCGGUGCCCACUGCCGGACACCACCACCACAACAACCCCGGCGGCGGUGGCUACAUGCUCAGCAAGUCGCUCUACCCCGACCGGGUCACGCAAAACCCUUUCAUCCCCACUUUCGGGGACGACCAGUGCUUGCUCCAUGGCAGCAAAUCCUACUUCUUCAGGCAGCCCACGGUGGCGGGGGCGUCGAAAGCCAGGCCGGACUUCCGGGCCCUUGUCACCAACAAGCCGGUGGUCUCGGCCCUUCACGGGGCCGUGCCAGGCCGCUUCCAGAAGGACAUCUGUAUAGGGAACCAGUCCAACCCCUGUGUGCCUAACAACAAAAACCCCAGGGCUUUCAAUGGCUCCAGCAAUGGGCAUGUGUAUGAGAAACUUUCUAGUAUUGAGUCUGAUGUCUGAGUGAGGGAGGAGAGAGGCUAAGGUGGGUACGGGAGGGUAAGGCUGGGGCGCGUGGCGCGGAGGGUGACGGGGGUGAACUUGGUUCCCAUUUGAUCCUUUCUUGUUGUUUUAAUUUAUUUAUGGGAUCCUGGAGUUCUGGUUCCUACGGAGGGCAACCCUGGUGACCAGCACCAUCUCUCCUCCUCCUCCCCGUUCUCUCCUCCUUCCCCCAUCUGUCAGCCAUUCCUGUUCCCAUGAUGCCACGCAACCGGCCCUCCCAGCAGGGGAGGCCGGAGUGGAAAAAGGAGGUGCUGCAUGCGGGCUUCCUCCUAGCAGGCAAAGAGCUCCUUGCCACCCACUUUGAGUGAAGCUAGGAGAACCCAAGGAGGCCACGUGAGCACAGAGGUAGCUUUUCCCCAACUGCUCUUGUCGUUGAGGUGAGGAAGCAAAAGCAUUCAAGUGAGACCGUGUAGCGUGCUGCUUGUGACUGAAAAGAGGCUUUGGCAACUCUCGUGGCUUAGAUGGUAUCAGUCUUGGGAUUGUGUGCCAAGCAGAGGGUGCCAGGCCACGUUUAUAUAUAAGCCAAAAAAAGUUUGCUUCCACUCUGUGAGACUCAUUAGUGGUGAGCUGGAACAAACAGUCACUGGUAGAUGGGUGGAUUCUUGAACAAACUGGAAAGUACAUAUAAUAGUGCCCCAUGGUGCAUUGGAGGCAAAAGCAUGUGGAUCGUGUGUGUGUGUGUGUGUAUCCAUGUACACUUGCACACACGUGUACUCAGGUGCCUCCUACUAUAGAGAAGGCAACCUUGGCUCUUGCAACACCCGUAAGCAAUGUGCUUGCUUUGGCUUAUAUACAAACAGAGAUGAUCACGUGGUACCUGAAUUCGGGCUGUCUCCCCUUCACCCUUCCUGAAUGAGGAGAAUGGAAGUUCUUGAUGAAGAAGAUUCUGUGGUCUAGGCAGAGAAGGUGGUAAGCAGUCCUGCAAGAGCAGGCACAACGAUGAUUCCUCAGUGAGUGCCAGUAGUUGCGACCAGUUUGGGCCAAGAACUUUCCAGGAAGGCUAAAGGGAAACAGAAACAGCCAUAAUUAUUUUGCCCAUACUUGGGAGUGAAAGAUUCUGCAAAGUUCUCUUGAGCUUUUAGACCCUCAACCGGCCAGGUUUUGGGGAGGAGCUAGGUGAGGCUUUGAAAAGGAGUCGUUCAUGGUAGGGUAAGUGAGAGAGGGGGAUGUUUUCAAUGCUUUGAUCCCUUCUUACUUAACCUGAAGCUAGAAGAGCAGGCUUCUUCCCCCCAGAACUGAUUACAACUGUUAUGGAACAGACAGCUGUGAGAAAUGAGCUCAGCUUUGUGAGUGCAGCUCAGGAGGUUCAGAGAGAAGGGAAGAGACUUGGAAGAGGGGGAAAUUGAGGCGGGGAGGGACUCUCCACCAACUCUUUGGGCCUGGCUUCCCGGGAAUGUGACUUGAGCCCAGAGCGAACACUCUUGGUAGAGGCCCUUCCACCUUCCUGCAAUACCUCCUUUCCCUCUCAGAUUGUACCAUUCAAGCAAAAAAAAAAAAAAAAACCAUAUAUGUAUAAAACUCCAGGGAUGAGGGUACUGGCAGGCAUGAUGCCCCCUUCACUUAAAGUUGGAAAAUGGAGACGGGAAAUGAAUAUUUGUCACUGCUGGUCCUGAAACUUGGGGUAGGGCUGUUCUGUGGGUCAGUUCCACUGUCCUGCCCUCCUCCCCUGCACAGGGUGGCGUCCAAAGAGCCCCGGGUCUGUCUGGAAGCUUGACUGCAGGACCGCCAUGUUGCACACGGGACACACAAACCAGAAAGGUGCUCAUCCUCCUCUGGAAGGAAGCUGCCAUGUCUCUUCAAGUCACACCCUCCAGGGCUGCUCUUUGCCUUUCCGUUUGCCCUGACUCGCGACCCUUCCUCAUCCCUGCCCUUGACUGCUGCCCCCACCCUCCUCCUUGAUUUUUACCUCAGUAUCUUUCAUUUUAAAGCCAACUGAAGGCCUUGUAAAGCUCUGUUUUCUUUCCGAAAUGGACGCGGGGGCAAGGGGCUGAACCUCUCACAGAUUGGCAGAGAGGGCACGAGUGCUUUACCUUAGAUGCAAGGAGAGACCUUGGGAGAGGACAGAGGGCGUGAGGCUUCUCCAGGAGGAAGAAGGCGAAGGGCCAUCUAAACACCGCUUCGCCCCGACUCUGUCCGGGGGUCAGGGGCUCAUCCCCUCAUCUUCCUCUUACCUCACCCCUUUAAAAUAAAAAAAUAAAAUAAAAAAAAAGCCAAACCAACUAACCUAGCGAACAGCAAUCUAGAACCAAGGGGUCUUUUUCAGUCCCCACUGGCGACAGAAAUCAAGAUGGUGUUUAUUUCAUAUGUAAAUAUUUUGUUUUCUAAUUAAUUUUGUAUAGAUAAAGUGUUCUCUUGUGAGUAUUCAGGGUGUCGGGCUGGAGGGAGUGGGGUGGGGAUGGGCAGGAGGGGGAAAGUGUUUUGUUACGGGUUUUCAUUUUCCAUCAGGGGAAAUUGUUUUGUACGGCUCGUGCUUCAGGAUGUCUGGGAAAGUGAGUGCGAAUGGAGGCCACUUUGGUGAAAAAGCCAGGGGAAAGGGAUUUGUGUCCAUGCCCCCUCCCCGGCCCAGUCUUCUUGCUGGUCAGUGAAAAAUGUCAGUGCAUUUUUACCUGGGCU